AUCAGCAUAGAGUCCAAGGAUGAAUGUUCAUCGUGGCAGUGAGAGUGACAGGUUAUUGCUGCAGGAGGCCAGCUGCCUGAUGGAUGAAACCUCAGCUGCAGCCCAAGAAAAAGAAACUAAUAGCCUGACUUCUGGUCUUCAAAAUCUUGCUUAUCCGCUAACUCCCAGGAGUGAUGACCUUUCACUGGACUAUGCCGCUCAGCCAGCAAGUCUCCAGUUCCCUCACAUAAUGCCACUUCCCGAAGACAGCAAAGGCUCCUGCCUCCCAAGCGGGAAUAAACGGAGCUAUGAACCUUUUACUGCUCCAGAACGAUUUGGAAACAGCUCUAUGGGCUUUGGCAGUAAUGUUCAUUCCCAGGCGCCAGAGAAAGUGACACUUCUCGUAGAUGGCACACGUUUUGUGGUGAAUCCACAAAUUUUCACUGCUCACCCGGAUACCAUGUUGGGAAGGAUGUUUGGACCAGGACGAGAGUACAACUUCACACGGCCCAACGAGAAGGGGGAGUACGAGAUUGCCGAAGGAAUCAGUGCAACGGUCUUUCGAACGGUGCUGGAUUAUUACAAAACUGGUAUCAUCAAUUGUCCUGAUGGCAUCUCUAUCCCAGACCUUAGAGAUACGUGUGAUUAUCUCUGCAUUAACUUUGACUUCAACACUAUCCGAUGUCAGGAUCUGAGUGCUUUAUUGCAUGAACUAUCCAAUGACGGUGCUCACAAGCAGUUUGAUCACUACCUCGAAGAACUGAUCCUGCCCAUCAUGGUGGGCUGUGCCAAGAAAGGGGAGCGCGAGUGCCACAUCGUUGUGCUGACAGAUGAGGAUUCGGUGGACUGGGAUGAAGACCACCCCCCACCCAUGGGAGAGGAAUAUUCCCAAAUUCUUUAUAGUUCCAAGCUCUACAGAUUCUUCAAGUAUAUUGAGAAUCGGGAUGUUGCUAAAACAGUAUUAAAGGAACGGGGCCUGAAAAACAUUCGCAUUGGAAUUGAAGGUUACCCUACCUGUAAAGAAAAAAUUAAGAGAAGACCUGGUGGCCGAUCUGAAGUCAUCUAUAAUUAUGUGCAGCGCCCUUUUAUCCAGAUGUCAUGGGAAAAGGAAGAAGGAAAGAGUCGCCAUGUGGACUUCCAAUGUGUUCGGAGCAAGUCCCUCACUAAUCUGGUAGCUGCUGGAGAGGAUGUCUUGGAGGACCAGGAGAUAUUGAUGCAUCACCCGCCCCAAGUGGAUGAACUUGACCGGCUAAAUGCCCCACUUUCUCAGAUGGCUUCUAACGACUUUCAGGAUUAGGGCCAGCUGUGGGUCCACCUCUCUGCGAAGCGUUUGUCUGUCUGGGCUGCCGAAAGCCGGUUCUCCCCUCCUUUUCCUUUCUCCCACAAUUAACGUGCGUCCUUUUCAGUAUAUCUGCACCUCCGCAGGGGAAGAGAAAGCACUCACUGGUAAUGAAGCUCCCGGCUUUGCAGCAGCCCUGGGAACUUGAAAUUUUAGGUCUGGUGCUGUUCACUGAGCCUUUGCAUAACUGCAAAGCAGAAAAGGAAGUCAAGACUCCUGUUGCCUCAUUCGGCAAAGCAGUUCUGAUUCUUUAUGCUGUGUCUUGGCUUUUGUGUGUUUUGUUUUAUACCAGGCACAUCACUUAGCAGCAAAGGGACCAAACUUAAGGAGACAAUCCCUCUCUUCUACAAAUAGCACUAAUGGCAUACUCAUUAGAGGUUGAUGAAGAUGCCAUUCCUAGUAGCAUCUGUGCCCAGAUUGCAUCAGGGAAGAACUAGGCUCGUAUUCAAAAUGUCUAGAAGAAAUUCUUAGGCGCUAAAAUUCAGUUUUGUUUUUUCAUUAAUGCAAGAACAAUCCAAAACCACAUGGAUUCCGUGACAGGAAGGAAAGUGGCAUAACAAUGUUUAUGGAACCCUAGCGUCAUGGUGUUCAGAUUAUUCGUUUAGAAGGAAACUCAAGUAGAAGAACCUCUCCAGAUGGGGCCACUUUGAUUGUCCUGGCUUAGAAUUGUUGAGAAGCCACUAGUCUUCACCCAGGAGCAGCAUGUUGCUGUGGAUGUAGAUGGGCGACCUCAGAUAGGACUUAAAAGCUCCAGAUGUGAGCAGACAUUUCUCACAGGGGCUCUGUUUCUCAACAGGAAGACUUGUAAGAGCUCUAGUGAGGGGACGUUUGGGGGAAAGCUGGGUGGGGAAGCAUUACCUGCUCAGGCUUUGUCCCAGUACAGGAUUCUUUGUGUAUUCUUUUCAUGCUUAGGGAAUUUUUUUGGAUAGCAGGAUAUUUUCAUUUUGAAAUAGCCUGUCAGCUGCUCACACUGAGUAAGAAACCAUAUUAAUAUCAUCCCCAAAGGAAGGAUGAGUUGAAGGGAAAUGAGACCUAGUAAUUGUUUGCUCUGUCACUAUGUGUUAAUGCACAGUGUGUGACAACCAGAUCACCCUCCCCAGCACUGACCCGCCUUCCCCAGUGUCCCCAUGGCUAGAGCCAGAUGUGUCAUGGGAUCAUCUCCCCUUUUGUGCUACAGGCUGGCCUUCCAGUCACCUGCUCGGGGUAUUUACUCAUCACAACUUACAAAGAGGCACAUAGUUUUCGAGUUCUUUAAGAGCAUGACUGGCUUUCUUAAAUUCCAUUCCCAUAGAUGCUAUAGGGCAGGCUGCUUGAUUCUGUCUUGACCAUGCUAGUCAGUCCUCCAAGGGUGAAGUCGGAUGGGCAUUGAAAGCUGCUCUUUCCAGGCUUGAAGAGCAAGUUAUCUCCUCGUAAGUGUAUUCUCUGCAUGUGGUCAGCAUCACAGUGGAAGUCAGUGCUCUUCCUCUGAAAGGUAAUUGGGGUUAAACUGAACCACCCCCCACCUGCAGAGUUCUGAUUACCAUUGGCAUCCAUUUGUAAGGCUUAUGGCCAAUGGGUAGUUUUAUUUCUGUGAAACUGUUGGCUCAUAUUUGAGGUCAGGUUUGGCUAUGACCUUACCAGUAUACAUUCAUGCCCACCAGUAGUCGACCAGCCCAGUAUUGUUUAAUGGUGCUUUCUUUACUUUUCAGUUGACUUCCAUGUCAUCACAAAGAAAAUUUGCAUUGUCUGUGCAGUCUGUGGUGUAUGUAUAACUUCCGUUACACAGCUAAUGUGUUGGUAACGUUUGGUAAGUGUCAACACGCUGAUACUCUAGUCCUUGCUUAGUUGGAAAGCCAGGUAUGAAAGUAUGGUAUGUAGUGAACACUUUUUUCUGUAUAAAUGAUUAAUUUAUUAUGACUUUUAAGAACUAUAUCUUCUUUCCCCAAAUUGGGUUCUAAUGUGCUUUUGGCCCCGACCCCGUGGAAAAUCUGGGAGGUAAAUCUGCCAGUGUCACCAGGUGGUGGUGACUGAGGAGAAAGCUGAGCGGGAGGCUUCUCCUGCACUCCACGCCCUCCCAGCCGGGAGCUCGGCAUCAUGGUAAUUUGGUGGUUCCCCUGUCAGAGCUGCUGUUUCCAGGGCCAGGACAUUCUGCUGUGGCAGGACCUCUCAGCCAGCACAGGCUGGGUUGUAGUCAUUCCCUUAAGAGUCAGUUACUGGCCACCUGGGCAAGAGGUGUUUCUGAUACAAAAGGUAGGACUCAGGUUUGGUGUUUUCUUCUAAGUGCCUAAUAAGUAAGCCAGGUGAUUUAUAUAGAAACAUUUUCAUAAGGAGAUAGUUUUACCCAGACUCUCUUACUCAGAGGUAUCUCAGCAAGCCAAGAUGAACCUGAAUUUGAAGUUUAGAAUCAGUUCCUGUCUGCAUCAUAUCACAUAUAGUUGAGUAGGAAACAUUUGCCAUUGAGACUUAGAGAGUACUGGGCAAGGAACAGUGUUAAAAUGUGAUGUUAUCGAUUUCUCAGGCUGAAAGAAUGACAGCAAAAGGUAAAGAAGCUGGAAAGUAGCUGGAUUUACCGCACACAAUAUACAAUAGCCAAUAUUUUCAACUAAAAUCCCAAGAGAACGACGUGAUAAUUUAAUGUACACCGUCUAGGAAAUACGUGGAAUAAGCCCAGGCAGGACAGCUGUAUGCAUAGUGUCCAACAGACCCUGUGUAAGGAAAACCAACCAGAACAGGCUUUCAUUCACACUGGCCAAGUGGACAUGAGCCUUCUUUAUCCGGUGAGAAUGGAAAGUUCAGAAGGGGUUGAGUAAUCUAUUCAAUGUCAUUCUGAAAUGGUUAAAAUGGGCAGAGUGAGUUCAGGAAGCAAACCUGAUGCCUUCGUGGGAGACGGAGCCACAGUCUGCUCUGGGCGGGACCACCACUGCAGGACAUUUUCUCUUACAGGCAAAUGCCUUUAGUUUUGCCUCUUUACUUUGUAUUUAAAGUUGCACAUGUUUACCUACCAGUGUUUACGAAACCCUAUAUUUGGGAUGCUUUUUUUUAAAAUAAAAUAUUAUAAUUUGUG